UAAUUUAUCAAUAACGACAAUAGCCAGGCUUAUUAGGGCCAUGAUGGUUAAGGUAUGUGACAUUAUGGAGAAUAAAUAAACACAUUGUCAACUCUUAAGUGAUGAUAUUUUGAACUGUGACUUUAGGUUUAACGGCCCAUGUAAGCACAUGAUUUCUCAAUAGACUACAACGGUAUCUGAAAUAGAAUCUUGACAAGUGGGUAUUGUUUCAAUAAUUAUUAUUUAUGUGGAACUCCUACUAACAGACUAUAGAACGUAUAAUGGGGAAAUUCCACAGAAAACAGUUGAAUAAGAUUUAUGCUUAUCCGCUUCCUGUAACUAUUACCAGUGAGGCAUAUUCUAUUUCAUUACCUGAAGUAUAUCCUCAUAAUCCCUUAUCAUGGUUAUAUUUCACAUUGAAAUAUUGGCAGUAUACUUUGACGUAUGAAGUACCUCAGUUAUCAAUUCCUUUGAUUAAUGUUGAAUACAUUAAUGGAACUUUUGCCGUAUAUGAUGAUAAUGAUAUGACUCGUCUAUGGACAAGAGGAUUCUUUGGUAAAGGUAUCUUAUCUAGAUCAGAACCUACAUGGAAAGAUCGUACCAUUAAUCGUCUAAAUCUUUCUACAUCUUCCACUACUUCAUUGGCAAUGGAAGAUGUUACCGUUAAGAGGCGAGAGGGACGUCAGAAGUUUAAAGAUGAACGAUCUAAGUUACAAGCAUUAGAAUUACUUCAAAGAAAGGGAGAAAUAUCACCCGAUGACUUGAAAACUUUAGAGGAACUAAGAGAUAAUUUGAAUGUAUUAAAGAAUGCAUCUAUUAAUCGACAAGUAGACUCAGAAGUACGUGAUGAAGAUGAAGAAUUAAUUGAUGACUCUAACCAAUUGAUCAAUAAUUUGGAAUUCUUACAGCUACAACCCAUAGAAGCAUUCUUCUUGAAGUUUGCUUUAAAUGUCAUUCUGGUUUCUAACAACAACUUGGACCUAUCCUUAAGGGAAAUGUUUCAAAUAUGUUGUGAGUCGUAUGGCACUACUAUUCUGUUACCCAAUCAUCGAUUCUUGAUCGAAUACGCGGUAUAUCAUCACUAUCGCUCCUUAGGAUGGUGUGUCAGAUCUGGAAUAAAGUUUGGGUGUGAUAUGUUAUUAUAUAAACGAGGUCCACCAUUUACUCAUGCGGAACAUGCAGUAAUGAUUAUCCCAAAUGAUCCAGAAACUCAAUAUGAUUGGUUUGAUAUGGCAUCCAGAGCUAGAGUAAUAGGAACAGUAAAGAAAAAUUUUGUCAUUGCCUUUGUAGAUUAUCCACAGGAUAUUACAGAUAUCAAUUUGAUAUGGAAUCAACCGGGAAGUGACAAGGAAAUUUUAUCUAGAUUUUUUGAAUCGUUUAAAGUAACAGAAAUCCUCUAUAAAAGAUGGACUCCCAGUAGAACUCGGGAUUAGAUUUAUAGAAUAAUUACGUAUUUAGCAGGCUAAGUAAGUAAGUAAGUAAGUAUUAUAAUUAAUAUUAGCUAUAAUAAUUAG